GAAAAAAAUUAUCCUCUAUUUAUUAUUAUCAGUUAUGAAAAAUUUAAUUUUAUUGAAUUGAAGCUAUAUAGUAAAUCAAUCAGCAUUACCAUAAUUCAAAUAUAAAACGACUCAAGAUUUAUACAUAUAUACAUAUAGAAAAAAAAUUCCAAACUUGUUUACAAACAAAUCUAACCUAGUAAAGUACACGUAUUUAUUCAACUUCGGAUCUAAAAAAAGUGGAAUGCACGUCAAAUAAGAUCUAGUUUUUUUUUUUUUUUUUCAAUAUUUAAUUAAUUAUCCAUCAUUUUAUUUUUUAAAUAUAAAGCUACAUAUUUAUAUGAAGCAAUGUCAAACAAUAAUGAACUGUCGAGCCUUUUUACAUUUUUAUCAAACGCAGUGAAAACUCUUGAAAUUCCUAAAGAAAGUCCUGUCACAUGCUCCGUCGAAGAUGCUCCUUUGGAGAAACUAGUGAUAACAAAUCCAGAGAUUAUUGGUAACAUUAAAAUGGAUUCGGAAGAAGAAUUUUUAUAUACACUCAAAAGUGUUGAAUAUAUUUGCCAAGAUUGCAACAAAUCAUUUUGCUCGGCCAAACUACAUGCGGCCCAUACUCAGGAGUUUCAUGUUCACGUAGGUCCUCAUAAGUCUAUUGGAGCAAAAAAUCUCGAAGAAUUUUUUAAAAAUAUGAAUCGUGUGAGUGCUCGAAUUCCUACUGAGGUCCAUAGCUCAAAAGUUACACCUGCGCGUGAAGAUGAUAAAAGUUUGUUGCGUCUUUCUGGAAAUAGAUCAAGAGUUACUAGAAGUACAAAACAUGGAAAUUCACCCAAAUCUAACAACCUGAUGUAUACUAAAGAAGAAGGUUAUUACGCUUGUCGAAUUUGUGAUGCGAAAUCUUUUGAUCGUGAGUAUAUUGUCAAACAUGUUUGUAGAAAGUAUUCACGAAUGUCAUUGGAGAACCACCAAUUGAACCUACCCAGUUCGACGGAGCAAAAGCAAACAAUGAAUCAAAUUUUGAAGACAAAAACAGAUUGUAACACUCAGAAAAAAAAUAAAUUUAAAUGUGACCUUUGUUCAUGUCAGUAUAAGCAUAAACGUCAUUUGACACAGCAUAAGUAUGACAAACAUGGUAAAGAGUCAAUUAAAGCUGAAAAUACAGAAGAGUUUACCUGUGAGCUUUGUUCAAAAAAUUAUAUACGCAAGGGUGAUUUAACGAGGCAUAAAAACAUGUACCAUUCAGAUUAUUUAACUAAUGAAAAAUUUAAGUGCAACAUUUGUCAAGCUGAAUUUGAUUCUAGUCGUAAUGUGUUGAUACACAAGCGUGAACAGCAUUCAAUAGAGUAAUUGUUAUAUACAAAGUUUCACUGGGAAAUUUGAUGGAAAGAUUUUUCCAGUCGAAGGAAUCUGAAAAAACACCGACGAGAUCAACAUCAGAAUAUUGAUGAUUCACAAAAAUUCAUUAGAAUUAUUAAGUGUAAUUAUUAAUACGCGUUUUUUAAAAAUACUAAUCGCUUUUUACUACUUUGCAUUAGAAUU